AUGCGGGAUGGCCCGCUGGCGGGCCGCCGGGUGGCGCUCGUCGUCGCGCACCCGGACGACGAGGUCAUGUUCUUCUGGCCGACCUUGUUGAAGUUCCAGAGCGCAGGGAUGAAGAUUAGUAUCCUGUGUUUAUCUACAGGGAAUGCGGAUGGACUUGGCGACAUACGAAAAGGCGAGAUGGAGCGGUCGUGUGCGCGCAUUGGAGUUCUUGGAGAUGCAUUGAGUGUUCUAGAUGUAGCGGAGUUGCGGGAUGGAUUCCACGAGUGGCCCCAGCAUGUGGUAUCUGAUCACGUGCUCAAGUUUGUUCGGCGACAAGAGGCGGACUUGGUUCUUACGUUUGACGAUUAUGGCGUCUCUGGGCACCCGAAUCAUAUUUCGACAAGUCUGGGAGUGAGGUGUGCGUAUGAUGCUGCUAUGGCCAGUACUGGUGCAGCACCGUUUCAAGUGCUGAUGUUGAGAUCAGUCGGUCUUCUUAUGAAAUAUAUAGGGGCGAUGAACUUGUUGUUGGGGGGCGGCAUUGCGUCGUAUACGUGCGUGAACCCAAUCGUUUGUCUUCAGGCGUUGGCGGUUCACUGGUCUCAGCUGGUUUGGUAUCGUGUGUUAUUUGCUUUGUUCUCUAGAUACGCGUUCUUGAACACGUAUGUGCAGUACGGUAUCCGUAGCGGCGGCGCGGACAAGAAGAACGAGUGA